AUGGCGAAAUCCAAUUUUUCUUGGUUAAAAAUUCUCACCAUCUUCAUUAUGCUCUUCAUUUUCAAUACAGAAGCAGCUAGAUCACCAUCUAAGAAGCAGAAGUUUGAAUCCAUGUUGUCCAUGGAAGUCCUAAGGCCAACGUCUCUCAGCUAUCUCAAUUCUGAUAUUUCUGAUAUUCUGCCAAUCUUUGUAGGAGACAUCUCGUAUGUAAACAACACGAUUACGUGGAGUGCUUUUUGCUUCCGACAGAACGAAGCUCGGUUGGAGUUCCACAAGCAUCCUGCCAGUAAGUAUGGCGGGUGGCACACUUCAUGUCAAGUUACUGGGAAUGCUAGCAGUCCUCUGGACUUGUCCUGUGCGGAUCUUUAUAUCUUUUCAACUCCAUUCGGUAUUAAACCCGAUUACUUUUUUAGACAUGGAGAGCAUAAAAUUGAGUUUGAAGAGUGGGAAGGAGAAGCUGAGUAUGAAUACGAGCAAAUGCGAGUUAACUUUGAGACACGUCCUCACCCUUGGGUUACCCCCAAUAGCAAUGCUGAUGAUAUUGAGUCUGGAGAUUUUCUUGCACUGUCAAAAAUUCGUGGGCAGUCUGGUGGUUUUGAGACUUUGGAGAAGUGGGUCACUGGAGCUUAUGCUGGUCACCCUGCUGUUUGCUUGACAAAUCCUGAUGGUAAAUUAUUUGUUGCAAAAUCAGGACCGCAUAAAUGA